ACCAUAUAUGGACAAUAGUGUUGUUUUGGUUAUUACUCGGUUUAUAUUGUUGUUAUUUAUGUCGCAUCGUCACAUGUCGUAAUCAUGAACCAAAUCCUGAUGAUGUUGCCCGAUGUGGAUGCGACACAAUUAUUAGAUUAAUUUAAACUUGCACGUUAUCUGUAGGUGUUAAAAUGUCUAGUAUAUGUCCACGUACUAGCGUCAGUUUGCUCUCUUUUUAAUUCCCACCGUCAGUGUCACGUCAGCGUGUAAAAAGUACUUUGUACUUUGUUGCGGUAGCCGGGCGCAGGACACGACGAUGACGAGGUAUACAAGUACGACGACUCCUCGAACAGUAUAUACGUAUAGUUAAAUUUUUGGAAGCAAUCAAGCUAUUAAGGUGACAGACGGAUGGAGGACGGGAGAUGAUAAAUGACAGCGACAGAAUUGUAAAUAGAUAACAAAUAGCGGAUCGUCCGUGACUGCGUCGCCGUUCGCCGUCAACCUCUCUACCUCCUCCUCUACAAGUUCACGAACAGCGGACACCGAAGAGAGUAGGUACACGCGUAGAGAGCGUCUGUGCCGUGUGGGUGUACAUGUGCCUAUACAUAAGUAUAUUGAGAAGUAAGAAGAAGUGAGAGAGGCGGGAUAGUUUUUCUCACCGACUGCUGCCUCCGACUCCGAGGGGAGGUGAGGCGCGGUCACUCUCUCUCUUUCUCGAAGUGCGUGCAGUGUUGUACAUCCAUCCUUACAUGUGUGUUCGUGCAUGUAUUAAUGUUUUUUCGGAGCAAGUAAUGGCAACCCAGCCAACCUCAUAUUUUCUGUUGAUGUGUUAACUGUUAAGUGUCUUCUUUUGUUAUUAUUAUUAUCCUCUUCUGAAGAAGUUCGUUUGUCUGUGUUCUGUGUGCGGUGUUUUUUCAAGAAGUAACACUCGCUUGUGCUUCUAUGGGUAGAUGUAGCCGCUGGGCGUACACCACCUCAAAGGUCCAGGAGAUGUGGCCGGUGGCUAUUAUCGACGUCGUCACCGUUGGCAUUUUUUUCCCCCCCAGCUGACUGAUGGAUGUAUUUUAGGUGGCCCCGUAAUAUGACAGAUAUUUUUACAAUGCUUUGAUAGCACCUCUCACCAAGAGAGAAAGUUCAAGGGACCAAGUGAAUGAUGAGUCUUCCCUUGGCUUUAUAUUUGAAAUUAGCCAAAAGUUAAUCAUGUUGAACACUUCAGCAUCAAUUAUUGUUUAAGACUUAACAAGUACAUUUAGCCAUAUGCCUCCAGCUGGGCUAUCAGCAAGAGGCUUGUCUACCUUAAUGGACCCUGGACAACCAGAUGCUCGUCUUCGGAGCGAGCGUUACUUAUUAUAUUCAGAAAAUGGCUCGACACAAUCGAACUCUUCCAAUAUGGGAAAUUUCUCACCAAGGUACCACAGCAGAACGAACAAUCAGUCAAUUGGUAGUCAAAAUUAUUGCUACACGAGAACAUCAAGCAACAUGUCGGACAGUAGUGUGUCCGACACCCACAGCGGAGGCACUGCUCGGACACUAUCACAACAAACCAGCCCAUCGCACGGGACUCUAUCGUCCCAUUCGCGACAGGACAGCUCGACUUUAUUCACUGCCCUUUACGAUUAUGUGGCAAAAGGCGAAGACGAGUUGUCGUUGCAGCCAGGUGAGAUGGUCGAGGUUUUGUCCAAGGACUCGAAAAUCUCGGGUGAUGAAGGCUGGUGGACAGGGAAGAUUCGUGGCAAAGUUGGUAUUUUCCCCGCAAAUUUCGUCGCUCUCGCCGAGACGAUCGACAGGGUAUCCUCAGUAAUAGAGCAGGUCCAGCCUGUGGAGAUUGAUUUUAAGGAACUCAAGCUCGAGGAGGUCAUUGGCGUCGGUGGAUUCGGUAAAGUCUAUCGGGGUUUUUGGAAUAAAAAAGAAGUAGCAGUGAAGGCAGCGCGACAGGAUCCGGAUGAAGAGCCUAGUAUGACGUUGCAAAACGUCCGACAGGAAGCGAAACUCUUUUGGCUCUUGGAGCACGAAAACAUAGUGCAGCUUGAAGGUGUUUGCCUAAAAAUGCCGAAUAUGUGCCUGGUAAUGGAGUAUGCUCGAGGCGGAAGUUUAAAUAGGGUACUCAGUGGCAGAAAAAUCAGGCCCGACGUGCUUGUAGACUGGGCGAUACAAAUUGCCCGCGGUAUGGACUACUUGCACAACAAAGCACCCAUCGGUCUCAUACACAGGGAUCUUAAAAGCUCAAACGUUUUGUUAAGCGAGCCGAUAGAGAAUGAUGAUUUUCAAUACAAAACGUUGAAAAUCACGGAUUUUGGAUUAGCGAGGGAAGUGUACAAAACAACGCGGAUGUCAGCAGCUGGCACUUAUGCCUGGAUGGCGCCUGAAGUCAUUAAAAAAAGUACAUUCAGCAAAGCUAGCGAUGUAUGGAGUUACGGCGUACUUUUGUGGGAGCUUUUAACCGGAGAAACACCGUACAAAGGAAUUGACGCGUUAGCCGUAGCGUACGGAGUAGCUGUAAAUAAAUUAACAUUACCAAUUCCAUCGACUUGCCCGCAUUCGUGGAGGUGUCUUAUGGAAGCUUGUUGGGCUUCGGAUAGUCACGGGAGGCCUGGAUUCGCGGAAAUUCUAGUUGCCUUGGAUGAAGUGAGGAGUGCGUUUGCGGCUACACCUCACGAAUCAUUUCACACGAUGCAAGAAGAUUGGAGACAAGAAAUCGAACAGGUUCUUCAUGGUUUGCGCAUGAAAGAAAAGGAAUGCCGAUCGCUCGAAGAGGAAUUGCGCAGCAGAGAAGAAGAACUAACAAAAGCCCAAGUGCAGCAAAGGGAGCACGAAGAAAAUCUUAGGCAACGCGAACAAGAGCUCGCUGCUCGGGAAAUCGAGCUCUUAGAGCGCGAGCUUGCCAUGAUGAUAAUUCAGCAACAAAACACUCCUACGCCCAACGAGCGACGCGGAAAGUUCAAAAAGUCAAAGUUAAAAUUGAACAAAAAGGAGCCAGGAAGUAAAAUUAGCGCACCUUCGGAUUUCAGGCACACGAUAACGGUACAACAUACUGCCCCCGAUCGAGUGAAAAGUCGGAACCCCUCGCGAUCGAACAGCCCACCAGGCUCGCCAAGUAUUCCACGGUUACGAGCAAUAGCCUUACCAGCCGAUGGAGUAAAGGGUAAGACGUGGGGUCCGUCGACCUUGCACCAGCGCGAGCGCGGCGCCAUAAUCUCGAACCCGAGCUCGGCCGCAGGCUGCCCGGGUGGCAUCACUGGGGUCGCCGGUUGUACCAGUGCGACCGUAGUCGGUGGCAAGCGCUGGUCCCGCUCGGCGCCCGACCUCGAGAAAGCACCCCUACGCACAGCCCUGCUGGUCGCCGCAGUCGCUGGUCACCCCCAGCUUCAGCAACAACUCCAGUACCACCAGUCAACCGCGGCACAGCACCUACGGCACCAUCACCACCACCACCACCACCACCAUCAGCAACAACAUCAGCAGCAGCAGCAGCAGCAACAGGAAAUAGGUAACGUGCGCGAGGCGCGUAAGCUCUACUCAUCGGCGAGCGACCUCGUCGACGCGUUGUCAUCCGAUGCUCUAGGUAGCGAUUUCGUCAUCGUGGCUAGGCCGACCGGUAGUGGCGACGCGAGCCAACAGCCCACCAAUAACGACAAUAAUCUAUUGUAUAACGACGAGCCGGACGGCGACGAGUACGACGACGAUAACGACUCGACCUCGUCGGGCUUCGUGGUCGGCUGCGUGCGCAAGACCAAGAGGCGCGAGCGUAGCAAGUCCAAGGACUCGGGGUCCUACGCGCCCAACCGAGCCAAGCGAGCCGCCGCCGUCGCCUCGAAUGGUGGCGCCAACCUCAGCAAUAGUUGUAGCAAUAAUAACACGGGCAAGCGUAGGGACAGCUCAGAGUCGAGGCUCACCUCGCUCGCCGACUUCUUCCGCUCGCCCUCGGGUUCGCGCAAAAGUUCGCUCAACAACGAGCGGAAGAACUCGGCCGGCGUGACGAUACGCAUCAACGACUCGGACGGCCUCGAGUCGAGCCCCGAGAACUCGAUAGUCGCGCACCACAAGUCCCGCCUGUCCAAGAGCCCCCUCAGGGUGCUCAAUCGAAUCAGAGCCUGGGGCAGCAGGGACGCCUUGGACGACCAAAAGACCGGCCCAGCCAAGGUCGAGUACAGCGCCCUCCAGGAUAGCGCGAGGCCGGCAGUCCAGCAGCAGCCGAGCUCCCAGACGCCCAGCUUCCUGGCCGCGAACUCGCGCGAGGGCAUCGACUUUGAGAACCUCGAGUCCGGGCUGUGCAAUCACCUCGAAGCCACGGCCGAGCAGUCGAGCUGUGGUGGAGGUACCAGUCCAGGGGAGCCAGCUACGUUGAAGCUGUUCCAGGAGUUGGAUCACCUCGGGGGUGCAACCACGGCAGGGGCCAUGACCUUCAGCGACAACGAGCCGGGCUACGGCAGCGACGCCGAUACGGACGGGCUCAUCGACGAGGACGACAGAUCGAAGGCCGACGAGGAAGAGAGACGAGCCAACGUGGACGCGAGGACGAUCACGGGUAAUUGGCGGGCCAACGAGCCCGGUGGGAACAACAACAACAACCAGCGGCAUCAGAAUCACGGUAGCACCCUCAUACUGAGGUUCGCCAAGCCCAAGGUACACGAGGCCAAGAAGUUCUUUCGAAAGAAUUACGGCAGCGCGCUCAAGAAGAACUGAGGGCUCACGUCUCUCUCUCUCUGCCCGCUCUCUGGAUUUUUGCUUUUCUGAUGCUGUCGAGUGCGCCGAGUUGUCGGACUCUUUCAUUCUAACUGUGCAAAUUUUUUUUUUUUUUUUUUUCCCCUCCACUAAUAGGAUGGAUUACCAGUUGUAGUUCCGAUAAAAAUUCCGUAGGCGAUUUUAGUGCUGUACUCGCUUCUCCCCUGGAAAAUUUAAUCUUAUGCGAUGGUCGUGUGGAUAUUUAUUUAUUGAUAUUAAUUAUUUAUUUAAUUGAACAAAGUGUCGGUAGUGGAGCGAUUGGGGGAUAUCGUCGCCUGGGGUUACUGUGCUUUACUGCCUUAAAUAUUGUUUAUAUAUAUUUUCUUCCAGAUCCGUAUGUUUUGGGUAGAUCAAAGAAUCGAAUGAAAAAUUGUUGUUUUUUUGUACAAUUGCAAUUAAUGAAAUUCGUCUCGUUUAUGCGAAAUAAUUUAUGAUCGAAUAAACAAAUUAACGGAUAAAAAUGGUAAAUAAUUUAGGCGAUUUUUUAAAUAGUAAGAAAGGGAUGGUUUACACCGUUUUAAUUCACAGAGCAUUGCAGAAGACAUUGCCAAAGGCUACAAUUAAUUUAAAAAUGCUUGAUGCAUUUUCGAAGAUCUGAUUAUCUUUGUUUUUGAUGAAUUAAUUGCAAAGGCAAAUUUUUGUUUCAGUUUAGAUCUUAAAUAUUUAUAAAUUAGUUCAAAAAUUCUUAGUCAUGGUCAGAAAGUUACAAAACAAAAAAAUCGUUAAUGCUGAAUGAUAAAAAAAAAUCUAAUUCCUAGAGUAGACAUUAAUGUUAUUCUUAAGACUCUUCGCACGAAUUCCAUUAAAUCAUANGUCAGU